AUGGAAGAAUCAUUAGCGAAAUUGAUUCUUGAAAUACCACUCGAUGUCCCACUCGGCCUCAUCUUACAAAAAAAUCACGAGAAAUUACAAGAAGUAGGAAUAUUAACCAACACGAGUGUACACUUUGCCGAGAAUCACAAUAAUCCACGAGUAGUAGUUUCGCCGAGUCGAAAACCGCCUUCAACUACUAGGGAACAAAUGGAAGAUGCACGAAAACAAAUAGAGUGUCUCUUUGAAAAUAGUAUGCGAAAAAUGCACCAUAUCAAAAUUCCAACUCCCAUUUAUCACUCGCAUGCAAAUUUCGUUGAGGAUUUGUUGUCACCAAAGUUGCGAAAAAUUAGCGAUAAACAUCGAAUCGACGUGAUGCCGAGAAUAUAUAAAAAUGAGGCGUAUGUUAUUUUCAUUAAGAAAAGAAAAGAUCCGUUAAGUGUAAUCGAUCAAACGAAAAAAGAAGUUGGACAGUUUCUGGCAAGGUUUCAGUCGAUUUAUGCUGAGCCAAAAAUAACAGAACCCAUAGAUUUAUCCAUUUCUUUUAAUCAAGAUAUUCUAUCUCCUAGUGAAUUCAAAAAUCAAUUUCAAAAGGAAAUUUAUAAUAUCGAAAAUAAGACAAAUACAAUUAUUGAAUACGAGUAUUCAUACAAUGGAAAACCAAGAAUUCUGAUCAAAGCAGUCGAGUUUUCGAGCAAUAUACAAGCGAAGAAAUACGAGGCGCAUCAAUUAAUUAAACAAUUGCUAAACUUAGCAUUAAAGAGAAAAAAUGAGUCGAACUUGAAGAAUCAAAAUGCAUCUAACGAAGAACCUGAAAUUACACGGCAACCACAGAAACCAACACGAAGCGACUCUUUUGCGAGCAACGCGUCAUUGGGUUCUUCAGUUAAAGAAAAUACUCAUAAUCUAGAGGCGUCAUUGGAUGAAACUAAAUUGGAAUUCGAUAUCAAAUCGAAAGAAUAUAUAAAAAAAGUUUCCAACAGUUCGGAAUUCAAUAUGCUGUUCAACCAGUCAUCCCACGAGUUUCUUGCGAAAUGGGAUCGGUUUAGUGCUCAAUGGAUACACAGCGGUUAUUAUAAUCAAUUCGAGUCUCUUUUUGGCAGUAAAUGA